AGAUUUAACAUACAUUAUUUGUCUGUUUGUGUAUAUUGGAGACAUCUAGUUCAUUUUAUUUGUGCAUGAAUGAGAAUGUAAUGAAUUCUGUUUUUCGAGGAUUAAUUUUAAACAUUUGAUCCUUUCAUCAAAAUUUCAGUGAACCAAAAAGAUGUCGAAGAAAGGAGGAAAGAAGAAAGGCAAGAAAGGGGAUGAUCCAGAUGAUGAAACUGCUGUUCUGGCAUUUAAAGUAUUGUCAGAAGACCAGACGAAAAAAUUACUCACAUUAGAAGUUGAAGACAUACAAAAAGAACUAGGUGAUAUAUUCAAAUUAAAAAACUACAGCACAGAUUUACAAGAAGCAUCCACGUUAGAUUAUUACACAGGAGCAGUCUGGUGGGGUAAAGAACAAGGACUAAACCCACAACAGUUAUCUGGGUUAUUUACUGUAGUUUAUAACCUUUUUGACAAUGUAAAAGAACAACACAUGAAUAAAGUAGACAAUUUGAAAGAAUUUAAAGCCGUAAUGAUGGGUAUAGAACCAGAAUAUCCAGAUGUUAAAUCAGCUGGUUUAGAUUUCUUCUCUGUAGCACAGGCAAGAGCCAUUGCUCUGUACAUACAUACUAGUUUGUUCCAGCACUAUAAUUUAUACCAGUUUAUGUUCACACACACUCAAGCAGAAGAAAUUAUUGGAACAGAUCUUUCUAUAGAAGUGGCCAAGCCUUCUACACUGCCAUUCCCUCCCCCUCUACAUGAAGGAGUUCAGGAUGAUAUGUAUGCCUCAUUUAUAGCCACACCCCCACCUACACCACCACCUGCAGAGGGUGCUGAAGAUACAAAAUCAGAUCAGGAGAAACCAAAAGAGGGUGAGCCUACAGUACCAGAUAUUGAUGCAUUUAAUGAUUUAACUGUGGAUGAUGUCAGAGAAGUGAUAGAAAGUGUUGCUAAAGAAAUGUUAGGAGGACUGCAGAACGACCUUGCUGCAAAACUUAGGGAAAAGGAAAAUAAUAUUAUUCAGAGAAUAAAUAAAAUUCAUAAAGUGGCAGAAUGAAUAUUAUGUACAGAUUAUAUAUACUGUGAUAUUCCUUUUGAAGACUAUUAUUUUGUUACUAUAAUUGUAUUAUUUUAAAUUUGUUUUGUAAAAAAAUAUCUAAAAAUCCAAAUAA